AUUUCUUUGUAAGCGGGUGUAACCGGUCCUACUCGCCCCGCGGGCCUCGAAGCGGCUAUGGUCCGGAUGGGAGACGGGCGCUCUAACGAGGAGGCUAAAGACCGCAGUCUCUAGCGUCUGUCGCUAGAGCGUCUCUGUUGGUCGGGGAGUGAGGUUUUUACACACUGCACAGCUCUUCACUAGCUGGCCUCCGUUACACGGGCAAAUUUACAAAGUCAGUAGGGGAUCAAAUAAUUAUUUUCCUCACUGUAAUCUGCUUGUAUCCUCGCCAGUAGAUGUCGCUGUAUGACAUUCGUGAAAACUUCACUUCUGUGAGAAGAAUAAAAGCACGCGAAUAAGACCGUCGCUGUGUGUUUCAAUAGAUAAAACGUUUCUUUCUUCUCAUAGUACUGCAACCAUCUGAUCAGCAUCAGUGCUGAAAAACAAAGACAUGUCUCUUGUCAAGCAGAAUUUUCACCAGAAUAAUGAAGCAAAUGUCAACAAACUGAUAAACCUCAAACUGUCCGCUUCUUAUGUUUAUCAGUCUCUGGGUAUGUAUUUUGACAGAGAUGAUGUGGCUUUGCCAAACUUCUCCAAGUUUUUUCUGGAGCGCUCAGAGAAGGAGAGAGAGCAGGCUGAGAAGCUGCUAGAGUAUCAGAACACACGAGGAGGACGAAUCCUUUUCCAGAACAUCCCAAAGCCCACCCGUGAUGAUUGGAAAGGUGGUAUGGAUGCCAUCACUUUCUCUCUGGAUUAUCAGAAAUCUCUCAACAGAUCCCUUCUGGAGAUCCAUCAAGCUGCCGGUGAAAACUCUGACCCUCACCUGUGUGACUUCCUCGAAAGCCACUUUUUGACUGACAGCCAUGAAACCAUUAAGCUAUUGGGUGACCACGCAGGCAUUCUGAAACGUCUUAUCUCCUCUGAUCCACAUGGCAAGAUGGCAGAGUAUCUGUUUGACAAGCACACUCUGUGAUGUGCUCCUCACAAAAUACCAUUUGCUCACUUCUGAUGGUGCUUACGAAAGAAUACCUCAUAAAACAAUAGCUUGAAUUUAUCAGAGCCGCAUGUAAAGGAGUAACAGUUUACUAUUUCAUUGAGUAUUUGAAGAUCCAUGUUUGACAGAGCCACCAAUGUUUUCACGCCACACUUAAACUCGAAUGUAUGGAUAAUGCUGUGAAAUUUCUGCUGAUUCUGAGAUGUUUAAGCUGUCUUAACACAUACUACUUUUAAAAAAGCAUUAUACAGUUGGUGCUAACUUCAAGAAGAUCAUUUAAUUUAGGUACCAGCGUACAUACGCCUAAAGGGUUUUCAAGAGUGAUUUCUACGUGGAACUUCAGUCAGUGUAAGUCUUGACCUCAAAUAAAGUUUUUGCAAAUUGUGUAACAAUAUGUGAGUCAUUCCAGAGAUUUUGUUGUAGUUGAUUGUGAUUCUUAGUUUAAAUUUUUUCAGGUUGUAGAAUUGCAACUGUAUUGUUUUUGUGAAGAUCAAGUUUAUCAAAAGAUAAUAAAGCUAAUUGAAAUG